UGUUCAAUCAUGCUCGCGAUCAGCAUCGAGUAGACGAAUUGAGAAGAAUUGUUUCAAUUACGUUCAUUUAAACACAAUAUUCGGCUCCUUAUCUUGGGUAAAUAUAGAUGCAGGGCACUCAGAAGUCACCGUGGCGCACGCUAACACAACAAAUUCGUCCUUCCUCCAGUAUUCAUUUAGGAAUCUAUGACCAGCCCCCACUCCGUAACCAAGCUCAGCCGCUAGACUUCAGAAUGGGCCCCCAGCGUCGCCGGCGCGCUGACAACCACGAUGAUGAUGCCUUUGGCGGGAACAAGCGUCUUCGUGGGGGAGCACACAUUGGGUCUAAAAGAACUCUCUUCAAUAGCGAAUCUACUAUGUCGAGCUUUUCUGAGAAGAGGUGCCUUGCUCUCUUCCAAGAAUACACCUGCUUUGAAUAUGGACCAGUUAUACCCACCCCUCCCAUAUAUCAAACUUUAGCGGUUCCCAUUGCACUUGCAGCGGUGGAUGAGCCUAGAACGAUGGGACCUGAAGCUAUGGAAAAAUUUUGUGAGGAUAUUGGCGUCGAGCCUGAGAAUAUUGUCAUGCUGGUGCUAGCGUGGAAAAUGGGUGCCAAGCACAUGGGAUUCUUUAGUGAAGAAGAGUGGCUUCAUGGUCUCUCGUCCCUACAGUGCGACACGAUUCAGAAGAUUCAAGGGAAGCUGGACUACUUGAAAUCUCUGCUGAAUGACCAAAAUCACUUCAAAAGUAUCUACAGAUAUGCCUACGACUUCGCUAGGGACAAAGAUCAGCGUAGUAUGGACAUGGCGACAGCAAAAGCAAUGCUGCAGUUGCUUCUUGGCAAGCAUUGGCCGCUGUGUGCGUCGUUUCACCAAUUCCUCGAGCAAUCCAAAUAUAGAGUGAUAAACAAGGACCAGUGGUGUAAUGUCCUGGAAUUCAGUCGCACCAUCAAGCCCGACCUCUCCAACUAUGACGAGGAUGGUGCAUGGCCGGUGUUGCUAGACGAGUUCGUUGAGUGGCUGCGUGCGAGGUACCCCCACCUAAACCGUGCAUCACAGACAGCCGAGGACAGUAGCCAUCCUUCAUUUGGUGCAGCCUCAUGCAGCUGAGGGGAACUGCUCACGUGCCCUCUGCCGCCUCCCCCUAGACUACCUUACCCCUUCCCAACCCCAUUUAAGCAUUGGGGGGGAGCUUGGUCGCAAGUUUUUGGCACCUAGACCGUUGUCUGCCCCCUUUUGCACUCCCAGUGAAUGCCGCAAGAGUACGACAUCCCCAUGUCAAGAGGGCCAAAAUUGUCUUAAUGAACAGCUUCAGCCCUUGGCAACCUCUUGUCUCGUCUAACUGACUUGUUUCUUUGACUAGUUGGAAACUACGCACACUACCUCUGUGCUGGACACUUCAAUUGUUUUUUCUUUUGUCCGCUUGCGGCCUGAACAUUUGAAGUCUGUGCAUUUGCUGCUAUAAUUUUAUAAUAAUUUUGCAGCUUAGCUUUUUCACUUUGAUAAGACGAAGCUUGAAAAAGUGUAUUUAGUUCGUGUAGAAAGAAUUUCUGAUCGAGUCAGCGUGUGCUGCACUUGUCACAAAAUGGGUUGUCUGUUGUGCUUCCGUGAUCGUCCUUUUUCUAUUUAUUCGUGUUGAAGUGGCGCAGUGCACGGCUUGUUUUCUUGCACACGCAUUUUGCAGCGACAGCAGGGACUUCACUUCGAUGCCAUUGUGGCCAAAGUGCAGUGCCAACAGCGCGUGAAUGCUUGCUCUCGUGAUCUGCACGUGUGCCUAGGAGCUGCCUUGUCUCUCUUUUUUUUUAAAUUUUCUGAACCAAAUGUCCGCUUCUUUUCUUUCCUUUUGUGGUGCUUUUAUUCCGAAAUUCGCUUUUUUCAUUUCGUGCACUUGUUCGUCUCGUUUCCCCGACAGCUGCGGGAAAAUAAUGGAAUGUUCAAGAAAACUUUCACCCCACUCGGCUACUCGCUUAAGAGCGUGCAAAAGUGAAAAAGAUGACAGAGUGUAAUGUUAUCGUCUUUUGCACUUUUGCAUACCGUUACACGAGUCGCAAUGAACCAACUUGCUCAGCAAGCAGCCAUUCUUGACCCUCCCCCACCUUAAAUAUAGUUAAUGAAUGCACCACGCCCCAUGCAACGAUGGUCAUCAAAUGUGGCAUAUCACGUGCUAUAAAGCGCUCCUGUACUGUGCCCUCUUGUCUGCCACUGUACCUAAGGUCGAUCAUGAGUAGUGUAGUCUGCCUGUGCAAGCCUCUUCUUUUGCGGGGGAGGACGCUUCUUUUUACAGAAUGUGUGUGGGCAUGCGGAGUGAGUUCUUUGUAUGAGGUGCGCAGUAGCUUGUGAAUACCUUCAGGAAGUCGGCUGGCUAAGCGUUUUUAGACGGACGGAGAGUCAGAUGAGUGGGUGUGCCUUGGUGGCUUCAACAGCAGGACCGAGGACGAGUUUAGCCUCUAUUUUUUUUUAAUUUCUUUUUCGAGUUCUCUGCCUUCGGUUGCACUGUUGCAGCCACGAAGGAGUCUUCCUAUCGGAGUGCCAGUAACGCAGGAUGGCCUUGGGAUGCUUGGACUGCCUAGAGCACUGCUAUGUAUUAUCAAUUAUACUAUAGCAAGGCCCUGCAAAGAAGCUCUGAAAGGAACACAUUCCGUAGAUUGAAUUUACUAAGCAUUUGCUUUUGACUAUAAUACUUUACAGCAGCGCAGUACGCACUUGAAACGGUGCUGCUGCUCUUCCCAAAAAAAAAAGUAUGCUGUAUUGAGAGUGACCUUUUAAACGAAUAAACACUUGAACAUGCAAAUACACAUUACCAAGCUGCAACACCU